AUGGCCGCUACAACAGUGACACCAAUACACCUAGAGGCACCGGAGCCAUUAUGCCUGGACGGAAAUUUGGCUGAAAGGUGGAAGAAAUGGAUUAAAAAACUGGAGAGAUACUUGGUAGCUACAGAAUGUGCAGGAAAACCAGAUGAAGUAAAAAUAGCAAUACUCUUACAUUGCAUUGGAGAUGAAGCUAACGAGAAAUAUGAAACAUUCGAGUUGACAGAGACCCAGAAAAAAGUGUAUAAAACAGUGGUAGAGAAGUUCCAGGAAUACUGUGUCCCAAAGAAAAAUGAAACUAUUAUUAGGCAUCUAUUUUUUCAACGUAAGCAAAAAGACGGUGAGAAAUUUAAUGACUUUCUGACAGACUUACAAAAGCAAAGCAGUGAGUGUGAAUUUGGUACUAUAAGACAGAGUUUAAUUAGAGAUCAGAUCAUUUCGGAACUGAGGGACUUAAAAUUGAAAGAGAGACUACUGAGAACAGAAGAGUUGGAUAUGAAAAAAUGUAUUAAGAUGUGUAGAACGAGUGAAAUGGCAGAAGAACAGUUGAAAACUUUACAAGAAGAAGUGACAGACAUUGCAGUGGAUUAUGUUAAGACAUACAAUGGCAAAGAACGAGGUGGGGGACAUUUCCCGUCGAGAACAUCGCAGCAGAGAGGGCCACCACUGAGACAAACAGAACAUAGAGAUAGACCAGUCCAGCAGCAAGGAGAGCCAUCUAGGGAGGGGGUGUGGAGCAGAAAACAACGAGGAGAUCAACAGUCGGUAACAAGAUGUGGUAAUUAUGGGUAUCAACAUGGGUAUGGACGAUGCCCAGCAUAUGGAGUUGAAUGUUAUAAAUGUCAGGGAGUUAAUCAUUAUGGUAAAAUGUGUCGAAAGAGAGUAGAAAUAAAGAAAAUAAAUGUAGAAUCAGAGUCAGACAGCGAUAGCGAAACACGGCAACCACACCUCCUUGGAAUGAUUAAAAUAAAUACUGUACAGUCGAGUCGUUGGAAUGAGAAAAUUAAAUUAACACAAUAUGGCAGGGAAAUUGAUUUCAAGUUGGAUACUGGUGCUGGUUGCAACGUGAUGAGCUUCAAAAAUCUACAGAAUCUGGGAAUCCGAGUACUGAUAGAGCCAACAAGGCAAAGACUGAGUAAUUAUAAUGGGAGUUCUAUUGCCGUUUUGGGUAAAACUAAACUGAAGUGUGAGAUUAGAGAUAAAGAGUAUGAAGUACCUUUUUAUAUUGUUAGAGGUGAGGCAAUAUCGGUAAUCGGAGAUCCGACAAUCAGUACAAGUGUUCCUUGCAGGAACAUUCCAUUCAAGCUGAGAGAUGCAUACGAGAUCGAGUUGAAAAAAAUGAAGACCAAUGAGAUAAUAAGAGAGAUAACUGAGCCAACGGAGUUUGAGACCGCGGUAGUGAUAGUAAAAAAACCUAGAAACGCACUGAGAGUUUGUUUAGAUCCUAUUUAUUUAAAUGAAUGCUUAUUAAGAGAACAUUGUAAACUACCGACGUUUGAGGAAAUAGCCUCCAGAGUCAAAGGUGCAACAAUUUUUAGUAUGUUAGACGCAAGUACACCCUUCUAUCAAAUCAGAUUAGAAGAGAAGAGCUCAAAAUUAACAACAUUUCAGACACCAUUUGGACGUUACUGUUUUAAGAGGUUACCUUAUGCUAUAAAGACCGCACCUGAAGUUUUCCACAGAGAGUAUUCGAGAAUAUUUGCAGGUAUUCGAAACAUUGAAGUUUACAUAGACGACAUUUUAAUCUGGGCUAAAGAUGUAGAGGAACAGAAUAAUAUAUUAAGACAAGUAUUGGAACGAGCCAAAGAAUAUAAUGUUAAAUUAAAUAGAGACAAAUGUGUAACGGGAUCUAAUAGAGUUAAAUUCCUUGGCCAUAUCUUUACAGAUAAAGGUAUAGAGAUUGAUGAGGAGAAAGUAAAGGCCAUUAAAGAGAUGAAAACACCAAAAAGUUCAAAAGACGUCGAGAGACUAUUGGGAAUGAUCAAUUAUGUUUUAAAGUACAUCCCAAUGGUAUCUGAGUACACAGUACCAUUGAGAGAAUUAAUCAGAAAGAAUACAAUAUUUAACUGGACUCAAAUCCACGAGAACGCUUUGAGACAGAUUAAAAAAUUGCUAACUUCGAGUCCAGUAUUACAAUUUUAUGACGUAAAUGUACCUUGUGUAGUAAGUGUAAAUGCGAGCAGCACAGGUGUUGGUGCAGUACUAUUACAAAAUAAUUUACCAGUAGCUUAUGCAUCCAAAGCCUUGACUAAGACACAACAGGCAUGGGCGCAAAUUGAAAAAGAAAUGUAUGCAAUUGUCUUUGGAUGUGAGCGUUUUCGACAAUAUAUACUAGGUAAAGAGGUAACGGUGGAGAGUGACCACAAGCCCCUUAUUCCAAUAUUCAACAAACCAAUGAGUGAAAUACCAGUAAGACUUCAGAAAAUGAGACUGAGAUUACAAGGUUGCGAUAUAAAUGUAAAAUAUAAACAGGGUAAAUACUUACACAUUGCAGACGCACUGUCUAGAGCACAUUUGCUUGACAGUGAAGAGGAUGAAAAAGACUUAGAAACACAGAUCCUAUUCAUAAACUACCGUGAUUACAUGAGCGAGGGUAAAUUAGAGAAAUUCGUAAGAGAAACGGAGAAGGACAAAAACUUGCAAAUAAUGAAACAUUUUGUACAAUUUGGAUGGCCAAAUCACAACAAAAUUCCAAACGAGCUUAAACAAUAUGGAAAAAUGAGUCAUGAAAUAUUUUACAUGGAGGGAAUCCUUUUCAAAGGAAACCAAAUGAUUGUACCAGAGACUUUACGUCGAGACAUGCUCGACAAACUGCACUACAGUCAUCCGGGAAUCGAAAAAACUAAAGCUCGGUCCAAUUAUAAACCGAAAAAGAUUUUACUUGAAAGACAACAGAACCAGAAAAUUUAUUACGACAAGAGUGCGAGAACGCUGUCUGAGUUGGAAAGAGGAGAGAUGGUAAGAAUCAGAGACUUGAAGAAGAAAAGUUAUGAGAAAUCUGGAGUAGUAAUUGAGAGAAAUAGAGAACCGAGAUCAUACAGAGUGCUCACUGAUUCAGGCAGGGUUCUUACACGAAAUAGAAAAUAUCUAAUAAACAAUGCAAACAACUAUGAGUUCAAAAUCGAACCAGAGGAACAUUUGGAUGAUUACGAGUCAAAUGAUUUGGAACAAUCAGAACAGGUAGAGAGCUUGAGAGAGACGAACGAAAGCGUUCCUCACUUAGGUGCAUCACCUGAAUCACACACAGAACUUAAUUCAGAACCGAGAGUGACUCGUUCAGGACGAACAGUCAAACCACCGAAUAGAUAUGGACAUUGGGUGUCGAAGUAG